CGGGUGCGGUGCGCGCCAGGGGCGGGCGGGGGGCGGCGUCCUGGCCAUGGCCGGCCUGUCGGACCUGGAGCUGCGGCGGGAGCUACAGGCCCUGGGCUUCCAGCCAGGACCCAUCACCGACACCACCCGGGACGUCUACCGCAACAAGCUGCGCCGCCUGCGGGGCGAGGCCCGGCUACGCGGCGAGGAGCGGCUGCGGGAGGAGGCCCGGCUGCGGGGCGAGGAGCGGCUGCGCGAGGAGGCCCGGCUGCGCGAAGAGGCGCCGCUGCGAGCCCGGCCCGCUGCGGCCUCCCUGCGAGCGGAGCCCUGGCACUCCCCGCCGGCCUCGGGCUCGGCCUACGCGACCUCUGGGGCCUUCGGCGAUCUCGGGGCCUCCGCGGCUUCCUGGUCCGGGAGCCGCGGCUUCGCCUACCCCGCCCGCCCUGCGCCGCUCAGGCGCCGCGCCUCGGUCCGGGGCAGCUCCGAGGAGGACGAGGACGCCCGUCCGCUCGACCGGGCCGCGCCGGGCCACGGAGUCCGUCGCUGGUGGGCCACGACCCCGGCCCCGGCCCGGCUGCCCUCCACCCUCCUCGGCGCCGACCCGCGCCCGGGUAAUUUUGAAUGUGGAAAUCCAGAGAAGCUGAAAAGCAAAUGCAUUCCUGUAAUGGAGGCCCAGGAAUACCUAGCAAACGUGACCAGCAGCUCCUCUGCCAAGUUUGAAGCUGCGCUGACCUGGAUACUGAGCAGUAACAAGGACGUGGGCAUCUGGCUGAAAGGGGAAGACCCAUCAGAAUUGGUGACGACCGUGGACAAGGUGGUGUGCCUGGAAUCCGCCCGCCCGCGCAUGGGUGUCGGCUGCCGCCUGAGCCGCGCCCUGUUCACUGCUAUCACCAACUUGCUCAUCUUCUUCUGGUGCUUGGCCUUUCUGUGGGGCCUCCUGAUCCUCCUGAAGUAUCGGUGGCGGAAGUUGGAAGAAGAGGAGCAAGCCAUGUAUGAGAUGGUGAAGAAGAUUAUAGACGUGGUCCAGGACCAUUACGUGGACUGGGAGCAGGACAUGGAGCGCUACCCGUACGUGGGCAUCCUGCACGUGCGCGACACCCUGAUCCCUCCGCAGAGCCGGAGGCGCAUGAAGCGGGUCUGGGACCGGGCUGUGGAGUUCCUGGCGUCCAACGAAUCCCGGAUCCAGACAGAGUCCCACCGUGUGGCUGGAGAGGAUAUGCUGGUGUGGAGAUGGACUAAGCCCUCUUCCUUCUCCGACUCAGAGCGAUAAAUCCCGGGCGGGGGCCUGUUCCCAGUCGGCCUGUCCCAGGCCAGUCCCCUCCGGGGGCGCGAGAAGGCCACCAGACCUGCCAGUGCUGAAUUCACACUUGCCUUGACUUUCACCUUCCUCCAGACUCUGGUUCCAAAGGUCUCUGUAAGACUCUUCAGAGAUUAGCUUGUAGGGAAGCGUGGGCUUCCUUGAAGGGCGCAGGGGAAAAGCCAGAGGCCUUGCCCUCUGCAUUGGUCCAAUCCUGUGCCCCGAUUGCCGGCAGGAGAGGGGAGAAGGGUUUGUUUUUGAUGAACAAAAAAGAUGAAAGAGCAGCAGCUGUGAGACCCUGCAGAGCUAGUGUGCAGUUAGGUUGGGCUGGAGCUCGUCCACCGCUGGCGAGCACUCAGCAGGGUGGGCAUCGUGCAGGUGGGCGGUGGGUCGGGAUGGCAGGCUGGGGCGGCAGGGGUCGGGGAGCAGAUUGGUCCAUGUGCCUUCAGAGGGUGUUACCUGGGAGCUCAAGGGUGAGGGGAGAAAGCCUGUCCUCUAGCUGGGUUGGGCCUCUUUUAUCCUGAAGGGGGAAGGUGCUAGCAAUUAGAACGAGUACUGUAGAAGGACUAUCUAGAAAUGCCAGGCCCUGGCACGCAGGACCCUUGGGUCGGGAGUGAGCUGCUGGCGUGGCCGCCUGAGAGCAACCGGGAGCAGACACGGGCCGAAAGCGGCGAGGCGGGUAGGGCUGCCCAGAGGCGGCCUCUUUAGUGGUGCUGCUCACAGAGUCGCAGUUCUAGACCAGACCUGCAGCCAGGGCACUGCAUCGGGCCGAGAACGCAGAUUGCAGGACCCGGGGAGGGUCUCGCCUCCGGCGUGCGACGGUCACCUUGUCCCGUGGCGGCCACAGCGUCCCCACGCCGGGGCUGCUUAAGCAGAACUUCCGGCACCGACUAGGUUCGCGAGGGCGGCUCGGCUGCCCCCUGCUGGCCACCCCGGGAGCGUGCCGGCGCCGCCGCAGACCUUCGCGGCCCCCCGCCAGCCCAUCAGCCCGCGUCGCGGGAGCCUGUCUCCGCAAACACCCCGGCGGGGGGCCUUAUUAGUUAAGUGCGAGGAGCCUCUCCAGCAGAGCCUCGUCCCCGUAUGUUCUCAUCUGCGGCCGCGGGAGAGGGGCAAGCAGAGGAGCCGAAACAGCUGCCUCCAGAAGGCACCGACCACCCCCUUUCGGUCUUCCUGGUAUUUUUUGUUUCCUUAAUAAAGCUCCGGUCUCCCUCAUUUGAGCAAUACUCUCUCAUUUCCUCUGAUGUCUGGAUGAUCGGCGGGGCUGGACUCUGAGCGCCAGCCCCGUGGCAAAGAAAUGGUCUCUUAAUCAAGGCUGCAGCCAGAAGAAUAAUGCUGCAACAGGCUUCAAUAUCAGGGUUGAAACUGUUGGAUAAAUAAACUAUUUAUUAAAAAUGGA